AUAAUUACGUAAAUGAAAAUGGCGGUUUUCUUAAAGUGUACUGACGAACUAAAGUAACGGUAGUAUCGAUACGAGAUAAUUUAGUUAUGUGUAUAAAUUAUUAAUGUCGGGCCAUGGCAACUUAAAAGUGAUGGAAUCUUGGUAUUGAAUGAAAAAGCUGAAAGAAAUGAAUGUUCAACUUUUGAUAGUUGUAAAUGUUACACAGGGCCGUAACUUUCAAACUCGUCAGUCACACUCCCUUUUAAUUGAAGCCAAGUUUGAUGGUGAGGUGAUGAGCACAGAUCCUGUACCUCAUACUACUGAUCCAGAUUUUAGCACGGAGCUCGCAUGGGAAGUGGACAAGCGGUCUUUACAUUUACAUCGAUUACAACGCACACCUAUCAAAUUACAUUGUUUUGCUAUUAAUAACAAUACCCAGGUUAAGGAACCUGUUGGGUAUGUGGUUCUUGAUAUUCGGCCUGCUCAAGAAAAUAAAGCAGAUUUCAAAUGGCAUACUCUUCUUAAUAGCAAGCAUGCUAGGCACAAACCUGAACUUUUACUCUGUGUGUACCUUGAAAGAGAAACACCCAAUAAACUCAACAAGGAAACAGAAGACCAACUUCCAGAUUCAAUGAUUCCAUCUAAUGAUGAAAAUGUAGCUACUCAUAUGACGCCUUUGAAAAAUAAGAAGGAAAAAUUUCCAUUAAUGAUACUUCAGUCAAAUCAGCUCAAGCCUUUGUUAAAUUCUGAUGAAGGAUUUUAUCAAAUUGGACCUAUUGAAAAAUGUCAAGAGAGCUUCAUAUUUUCUGUAACAGUGGCAUUUGCUGCUAAUCUUUCUCAGAUAAAACCCACCAGUAAGAAAGUCUUGCCUGCUUUUCAGCAAUAUCAUUUCUAUUACUCACUCCUUGGAAAUGAUGUCAGAACUGAAUCAUUCACAAACCUUGAUAAUCCUGAGUUUCCUGCUGAGAGGGCUUCUGUUCGGAUAAGGAGUAACUUUGAGACCUUGUCAGAAUUCUUUAAAAUCCAUCCUCCUCUGAAGCUUUUUUUAUGCUGUGGGGAUGUUCUUGCUGGAUCUGCCGAAGUAAAUCUUCAGCAAUUACUUGAAGGGACCGGUUCAGAUCUAACUAAAAGCCCUGCUACUUUAGGAGGAACAUUUCUAGUGAAGCCAUCUUCGAUAUCUGUUAGUGACAUGAACAAUGAUGAAGCUAAGCCUGUUGUUGGUGUUUCAGUUACACUGAAAAAAGAUGAUUUGGAAACAAACCCACAAACAAUUAAUGAACAGAGUUUGGACAAAAAAUCAUCAAGAUCUCAGGAUGAGACUUUGCAAUCACACAUCUCAAAUAAAGAUAUCUUGGCCACUGAUCAAUAUCAGAACAAACAAUCUGAAGAAACAAUUAAGAGAACAUCUGGAACUGUGAAAAAUAAAAAUAUUAGUCCAAGCAGAAGCAAAGGAAGUUAUCAAAAAUUAGAAUUCUCAAUUUCACCAUCACAGAAGUUAGAAAAACAAGAAAAAAAUUUUCCAAGUAAAGCCCAAGAACACAAUUGCAAGGAGACUGAAACAGACACUAAUGAUCAUAAAGGGGAAAAAAACUUGGAUUCCAUUGUUCCAGUCUUUGCUAGUUCCAUGUCUGAAUACAGACAGCCAGAUACAACUACUAUUCAUACCGUUACUACGACCACUGCUGCUACGGUUGUCAAUUCAGGAGAUGAAGUAUAUUCAACCCCUGGCCCAGAAAAACAACAAACCAGCACUCCAGACUCUUUUAAUCCUCGUCAUUUUUGUUUCACAUUAGACUUGCGUUCCUUACAGAUAAUGCAAAAUAUACCUAAACUUUACUGUUUUCUCAGAUACUCCUAUCCUUUCUUUGGAAGCUCAGCUCCAAUUUUGACACAUCCAUGUGUAACUGUUAAUCCAGGAAGUAUUGUCACCCUUCCCCAUGGAUAUUGUGCUUUUAACUUUGCAACUUCUAUUCACCAGCUGCAUAAUACAUUUACAAGUAUUCCACUGCUUGUUGAAGUUGUUCAAAAGGAUCAAAUGGAGAGUAAGAAUGACCAGUCUGUAGGCACAGCAAGGAUUUCUCUUCGUGCUGUUCUUGAUUCAUCUGCAUCCACAUUUAUAAGUGAAAAAGAGAUUGUUGGUGUUCGAAGGAUCUCAACAUGCAAAGUUUCUGUUAACAGUUCAGAUGGAAACAAGAUGGGAGAACUUCAUGCUGUUAUGAGUCUAGAUGAUUUUGGUCCUGCCAAUCUCCCCAAUUUAUGUGCUGGAAAUACGUAUUGUACCAUACAGGAAACAUCUGAAAAUCAGCAGAAUAAAACUACCUUUAAAGUGAAAAAGACUACUGAAGAUGUUGGGACUGGUGAACCUCUAAACAUGCAGUGGAGAGAGAACAUCACCUCUAAAACUCAGCAACCCAAAUUAAAUGAGCAGAAAUUGAUUCAAGCUGCUUUAGAACUAGAAAUGUGGAAAGAGCAACAAGAAUUACUUUUUAAAAAACAUUUAAAAGAAAAAGAAGCUAUUCAUCUUCAAACUCUGACCUCAGAGUGGAAGCGCCGAGAUACUGAAAGGGAAGUUAUAGUUCAAAAACGAGUUCAAGAAUGUAAGGAAUUAGAAAAUAAGUUAAAAAAGGCUCUAGCAGAUAUUGAAAUUAGAGAACGACAGCUGGUUGCAAAGGAGAAUGAGCUUGUUUAUAAAAAAUCUUCCUGGCAACGUUGGAGGGAGCAGAUAGAACAGGAAACAAAGGAAGCAAUUAGACGGACAAAAGUUGAAUGUGAUCAUCUAGCAAACCUAGAAAAAAAAAAAGUUCAAGAUUUGCUUCAACAGAGAAAGAAACUUGAGCAACAGGUGAAAGAUCUAGAAAAUAAAGUAAAGGAAAAAGAUGAAACUAUUGAGAACUUACAGCAAGAACAGAGUAGUAGACCAGAAAUACAAUUACAAAGUGAAAUAAAUAUUCUCAAUAUGGAAAAGGUUGAACUUCAGAGAAAGCUUGAUGUGGCUGUGACAGCUAAAAAACGCUUCAAACAACAGUGGGGGCAAGCACUUAGACAGAUCUCACUUCUUCAGAAUCGAUUGUAUAAUUUAGACCAGAUGUAUUCUUCUAAACAAGACUCGGAGGCUAUAAUACAAAAAACGUCCACCACAAAUCAACAAAAAGAAGCCAUCCUCCAGCAAGCUGAAGAACCUAGUCAUUCAGAUGAAGCAAUGAAAAGGAAAGAUAAUGCUGAAAUGUCACUUGAGCAUUCAUCUCCAAGUCCAAUACCCCUAGAAUAUCCUUCAGCUGUGUCUGUAUCUACCAUCUCCCAGGGAAUUCAUCCAUUGAGUAGUGGAUCAAAAGCAGAUACCAUGAGUCAUCACUUACAAAGGUUGAUAGAAGAGCGUAACAUCCUACUUGGCACUGGUGUCUAUACAGAAAAGGAUAAGAUAAUCAUGGAAUUGAACAAACACAUUGAGCUCGCCAUAACUAGAGUUCAGAGAUAAAUCUCUGGUGCUUAUAACUUUUUAAGAUUUGUAAAUUUCUGUGAAUAUCUUUUUUUAUUUUCACUGGCAUUUAUAAGAUUCUCUUAACUUUUCAUUGUUUAUAAUUUUGAGUAUUUGUCAUAAAAAAACAGAAAACUGUGGUUUUCAUAUUUAAGUAUUUCUGCUAUGAUUUUUACUCUGUUUCACUUUUUUUUUCUUUUUUGUACUAAAAAUAAAUGGAAAAGUUACAAAGGACACAACAUGUAAAUGUGAGUGUGGAAACAUGUCUGGUUCAUUCUUUGGUGGUUUUCACCGAGACCAGUUCUUACAAUUUAUAAUAUUGCAGUGAGAAGAUAAAAGGACAUCAUUAUAUAAUUCUUCUCAGUUCUAUUUUUUAAUUCUAAAGUUGUACCCAUUAGGGGUAGUUUGUUAAUGGCACUGGAACUGGAAUAUCUUAAGAGUUAGUUCUCAGUCCAUCAGAAUAUUUUCUUAAUCAUCUGAUGAUUGUUAUUUUCUAUACAAAGAAAAUCUGUAUUGGGACUGCAGGCUUUUGUUUCUUCAUGGAAGAUUAAAUUGAAUGCCUAAGCAUUACUAUAAAAAAAAAUAAACAGCAAGAUUUUAUAAAGAUAAUUACUACUUGUUUUUGCAGAGAUAACAAAGUUAUUCAGGUUGCUUUAUUAAUAUUCUUGUUUGAACUUACCACUUAAAGGCAGUUUUAUGAAUAGUAGUAGCUUGUUACUUCAAUUCCUUUAUACAUUCUUGUUCAUUUAGCAAGAUUCUGACUUGUAAAAGUAAAAAUAAGCAAAUUAAUAUAUAUAUAUAUUAGCAUCUAUGAAAAGAUCUUGAGAUUGAAGAGUAGUAAUUCUUUGAAAUUAGAACUUGAUACAGGCAGGGUAUACCAUUUCCACGUAUGGUUGCAUAUGAAGAACUGAAGUACCAAAGCCUAAUAUAUUUGAUUGUUCUGAAUGUUUUCCAUGUGUUUUAGCAGCACACCUAAGUGUCAAUUCCAACAAAUUUUUCUCAAUAUCUGACAUGUUUGUUUGUGAAAAUGAUCUUUGAGGAACAACUAGGAUGCAUGUCUGUAAAGUAACUGUGACAAUGUAUAAUUUCAUAGAUA